AUGGUGUCAAGAAGCUUAACAGAGGUGUUUGUGUUGAUGCGGAACAAUGCUAUCCACAGCCGGCACAUAUUCGCUGAACAGAGUAAUGAUUCGGAGCGGGUACGGCUGAUGAGAAGCAACUCUCAUGACAUGGAAGCUGGUAUGGAACUACGGUCAGAUUCACAUGCACCCCCACCCUGGACAGACACUCUCGAGGAAGCACAUUAUGUCAUCACAAGAUUAAAAACAAAGAUCUCGGAGCUCCAAACUCGCCACGAGAAGCAGAUUCGGCGGCCAGCUCUUGACGACACCACAGAACAGCAACACAUACAGCGGCUGACGACAGAGAUAGGUCGACACUUCACGCACGCGCACACCCAUCUUACGGUUAUUAAAGCUCAGAUAAGACAUGGAAACCAAACAGAACAAAAGUUAGCCACCAACGUAGUGCUAGCUCUCGUCACCAUACUCCAAGAUCUUAGCGUCACCUUCCGCACAGCACAAUCCACGUACCUGAAAUCUUUGACGUCGAGAGAAGAGAGGUCUAACGCCUACUUCGAACUCCCCAACUUCGAAGAACUCAGCUUAGACGACAACGAUCUCCUGCCAGGUUUGUCGAACAACCAAACAGAUUUAUUAUUUUCUCUACCCAGCACUUCGGGCACCCAGAAAUUUGACCAGGACGGAGAUGACUAUCAAGCCAGGCCAGCGUUUAAUCAGAAGCAAUUGCUUCUAAUACAAGAAGAGAACACGAGGGAUGUGGCAGAAAGGGAAGAAGAAGUGAACAAAAUCGUUCGUUCAAUAGUUGAUUUAAAUGAUAUUUUUAAGGAUUUAGGUCAGAUGGUACACGAGCAGGGGACAAUUUUGGACAGGAUAGAUUAUAAUAUAGAACAAACGCAGGUUCAGGUCCAUGAAGGGUACAAGCAGCUGCAAAAAGCAGAACGGUACCAGAGGACGAACAGGAAAAUGCACUGUAUACUCAUGCUGGCGAUAACUAUCAUAGUUUUAGUAAUAUUAUUGAUAAUUGUGAAGAGUUAG